GAGGCAGAGGGAGGAGGUAAAACCAAACAGGAAAAUAUAUUGUACAGUACAUAGUUCCACUUUGUGUUACUCUUGGUCUUUUUUCUGGCCCUAUUGACCAUCCCAAGAUGUACAGCUACAGUAAACCAGGUCGCUUCACCUGGACAGCGACAUUGAGGGAGCGUGGAAGCUUCACUGAUGGGGCACGAUCAAGGCCCACCAUGGCGACGCCGAGCUCCAGUGGACUCGAGGUGCUCCUCAGCACGUUGCAGAAUGCUGGAGAUGUUGAGAACAUGUUAAACAUCCUCAAUGUCCUGGAUGAACUGUUGUCAGCAGGCACAGACAGACGGAUUCAUCAUAUGAUAUCAAAAGGAGGCAGCGAGGCUCUCCUGACGGCUCUGGUGAACUGCCGCAGCUUCACGCCCAACUACACCAUCCUACUGCCCCUGCUGCACCUGCUGGCCAAGGUGGGCUACCGAGAUCGUCAGAUUGGUCUGAAAGCACAGAAGGCAGAUGCAGUUCUGGUGGUUCUGGGUUUGCUGCGGCAGAAUACAGAGAAGUCCCAGAGAGCCGCAGCCUGUCUUUGGGUCCUCAGAGUCUUCUGCUCCUCUGUGACCACGGCUGACCUGGUGGGGAAGAACCGAGGGCUGGAUGUGGUCUUCAAGCUUAUAUCUCCACACACCACCAAGCACUUACGCACCGUCAAGGCAGCCGCUGACGCUUUUGCUGCAAUGCUAUGCUCAAAGGUCAACUGUCGGACUGCCGUCGCAAAAGGCUACAUUGCAGAUCUUCUGAAGCUGUACGAAGACUGGCACAACAGUGACGUCAACCUUAUGAGCAUUCCUAUCCUUAGAGCUCUACUUCAUUGUCUGCAGCGUGCUGCCAACUCAGUUGUGGGCAGAGAUGCCCUGGUCGCUGAAGGUGGCAUUAGUCUUCUCUUCCAGACCACUCAGAAUUGCUUGACCAUGAAAGGCCUCGAAUCUCUGGUGGAACCAGCGAUCCAGCUGAUGAGGAAGUGCAAUCCCAAAGUCCCUCUUCCCCUGACCUCAGAUAAGAGCGUCUUCAGCUUUCCUCUUCCUGGGAGGCCUGUCGAUGACCAGGAUGCUGAUUUAGGACUUUACGAUGGCAGUUUGGAAGAUGACAGUGACGAAGAUGAGGAGCACGAGGAGCCAGACAACAGGGACUACGAGGAUGACCUGGAAACAGAUGUGAACAAGCUGCGUCCCCGACCAGAGCCCGACCGGCCCCUAGAGCAGCUGGGUCAAUAUGUGCGUCUCUGCCCUGAGCUGCACCAUGACUUCCAGGAUUUGGACUCCAGCUCUGAGGUCGAUGAAAGCUCAGAUGAUGACAGCACUCAGGAGGGAGACUUGAACGACAAGAUGCCGAGUGAGGAGAGAGACACCGAUCUGCCCUUUGACAGAGAUGAAAAUCACCUACGGACGAGUGAAUUCCAUAAGCAUUACCUCAACUGCUCCAGGAAAGGCCAAGAAGGCCACUCUAGUAUGGUGGAUAGGCUUCUGGAGAAGUAUGGGAUUGUCACUCCCAACCACGAUCCACGUCUCUACACUGCCACUGCAGCCAAUACAAAGUCUAUAGCUGGAUACUCAAUCCUAGCCUUCCCUGACUUCUGGGGACACCUGCCCCCACAAGAGCAAGAGCCCAUGGUUAAAAGACCACCACAUGUGCAGAGAAAGAAGGUUUUCGAGGACAUCCAGCGUCUCAUCUGUCCAGAGGACAUCAUCAACAAGGUUGUUUUUGACAUGGAUGAUCCCAGUCCACAGUGUUCCUCCGAUAUGUGUCCCAGUUCUCUUCAAUUCUUCUCCAAAUUUGAGAGCGGGAACCUGCGUAAAGCCAUUCAAGUCCGCAGUCAUGAAUAUGAUUUGAUUCUCAAUGCUGAUGUCAACUCCUCUGCACACUGUCAGUGGUUCUAUUUUGAAGUCAGCGGCAUGGUGGCCGGCGUGCCUUAUCGUUUUAACAUCAUCAAUUGCGAGAAAGGGAACAGCCAGUAUAACUAUGGCAUGCAGCCCGUGCUGUAUUCUGUGAGGGAGGCGUUGGAGGGCAGACCACACUGGGUGCGAACAGGCUCUGAGAUCUGCUACUACAGAAACCAUUUCUGCCCUAGAAGAGGUCAACAAGGUUCUUUUUACACACUGACCUUCACGGUGACCUUUCGCCACGAAGAUGACGUGUGCUACUUGGCCUACCACUACCCUUAUACCUACACCACCCUUCAGACCCAUUUGAAGAUGCUGGAGAAGUCUGUAGACCCACGGAAAGUUUUCUUCAGGCAACAAAACCUCUGCGAUACGCUGGCGGGAAACUCCUGCUCUUUAGUCACGAUCACAGCCUGCCCCACUUCCAGAGCCUGGAAACAUCUGCACCAGCUGCGUAACCGGCCAUGUGUGGUGCUGACAGCAAGGGUUCAUCCAGGAGAGAGCAAUGCCAGCUGGGUACUGAAGGGCACGCUGGAGUUCUUGUGCAGCAGUGAUCCUUUAGCCGAGAGCUUGAGAGAGGCCUACAUCUUUAAAAUCAUCCCCAUGCUCAACCCUGAUGGGGUCAUUAAUGGCAAUAAUCGCUGUUCUCUCACAGCGGAGGACCUCAACAGACAGUGGCUGAAGCCGGACCCUACUUUAAGCCCCACAAUUUACCACGCCAAAGGCUUCCUUUAUUACCUCAACAGCAUAGGCAGGACUCCAAUGGUGUUUUGCGAUUACCAUGGUCACUCCAGGAAGAAGAAUGUGUUUCUGUAUGGCUGCAGUAUGAAGGAAACCCUGUGGCAAUCUGGUUCUCCCAUUAACACAGCCUCCCUGAAAGAAGACCCGGGAUACAGGACUAUCGCUAAAACUCUGGACCGAAUAGCUCCUGCGUUCUCCUUCAACAGCUGCAACUAUCUGGUGGAAAAGUCUCGGGCAUCCACAGCACGAGUGGUUGUUUGGAGGGAGAUCGGGGUCCUCCGAAGCUACACCAUGGAAAGCACUUACAAUGGCUGCAAUCACGGCAUCUACAAGGGGUUACAGACAGGGACGCGGGAGCUGGAGGAGAUGGGAAUGAAGUUCAGCCAGAGUCUUCUCACCCUCAGGAGUAAUACCAUCCAUUAUAACAGCCAUCUGAUUCACCACACAUAUGCCCUGUUAGACGUGGACGAAAGGCUACUCAACCACAAAUCCAAUAAGUGA